UGCAGCCCACGCAUAUCAACUAUGAUGAAUAUGGUGAAAUAUGAGAGACACGGGAAGAGCCGGCAGCUCCAAAACAGCUGGUCGUGAUGAGAUGACACAGCCUCUGUAUAUAGACUAGACAAAAAAGGGAAGAAGGAGAUAUGAAGGAAUGGACUCACAACCUCCAGGCACCUUUUAAGAGGAAACAAAGUGGAUAAAAUUACAUGCGUCUGCAGUACCAAGACAAACAGGAACCGGAGCUCCGGGCAUAUAUAGUGGUGGCAGGAAGGAGCUGAUCUGACCGCAGGGGCUGACUUCGGACCGGACUCUAGGCCUGUGACCUGAGGACAGACUGUAAACAAGCCAUUCAAGUCAGUGUAUUAUAGAUCUUUGCAGGUAGAAACUGCCUGUAGCUGAACCCACAGGGGUUGUGGAUCUUCAUCUCGUCGCGGCCCAAAGUGGCCCCACCCGGUUUGAAAGCUGCAGGUUCCAUCUCCCUCCAGCAUGACGGUUGCUACCAGCGACCCUGCAGACGAAGCAGCUGCACAUCCAGGUCAGCCUCAUGACCAGUAUGACCCAGAGCCAGACCACGAGUGCUGCGAGAGGGUCGUGAUAAACAUCUCGGGCUUGCGAUUUGAGACGCAGCUCAAGACCCUCUCCCAGUUUCCAGAGACGCUGCUCGGGGACCCCAAAAAACGGAUGAGGUAUUUUGAUCCUCUCCGGAAUGAAUACUUUUUUGAUCGGAAUCGACCAAGUUUUGACGCCAUCCUGUAUUAUUACCAGUCAGGAGGCAGGCUACGCCGGCCUGUUAAUGUCACGCUGGACAUUUUUUCUGAGGAGAUACGGUUUUAUGAAUUGGGUGAGGAGGCAAUGGAGAUCUUCAGAGAGGAUGAGGGUUUCAUAAAAGAAGAAGAGCGACCUCUGCCAGAGAACGAGUUUCAGAGACAAGUGUGGCUGCUGUUUGAGUACCCAGAGAGCUCAGGUCCUGCUCGAAUCAUUGCCAUCAUUUCAGUCAUGGUGAUUCUUAUCUCUAUUGUAAGCUUCUGUCUAGAGACACUGCCGGUUUUCCGAAAUGACGAAGAAGAGAUGUACAAUUUUUUCCCUCCAACUUCCAACUCCACCUCUACUCCUUACAGUUCACCAUAUUUUACAGAUCCUUUUUUCAUUGUAGAGACCCUCUGCAUCAUCUGGUUUUCUUUUGAAUUCCUUGUCAGGUUUUUUGCCUGUCCCAGCAAAGCGGGGUUUUUUGGCAACAUCAUGAACAUUAUUGAUAUUGUGGCAAUCAUCCCCUACUUCAUUACUCUGGGCACAGAGCUCGCAGAAAGACCAGAGGACAGCCAAGCAGGUCAACAGGCUAUGUCUCUGGCAAUUCUCCGUGUCAUCCGUCUAGUCAGAGUGUUUCGUAUCUUCAAACUCUCACGUCAUUCCAAGGGACUCCAGAUCUUGGGCCAGACUCUGAAGGCCAGUAUGCGUGAGCUGGGCCUCCUCAUCUUUUUUCUAUUUAUUGGUGUGAUCCUGUUCUCCAGUGCUGUCUACUUUGCAGAAGCAGAUGAGCCACAUUCUCAGUUCAGCAGCAUUCCUGAGGCCUUUUGGUGGGCUGUGGUUUCCAUGACCACCGUUGGCUAUGGAGACAUGGUACCAACCACCAUCGGAGGAAAGAUUGUGGGGUCUCUCUGUGCGAUUGCCGGUGUACUGACAAUUGCUCUGCCUGUACCUGUUAUUGUAUCAAACUUCAACUACUUCUACCACAGAGAGACGGAGGGUGAAGAACAGGCACAAUAUCUGAAUAUUCCAAGUAUGCCUAAAGCUAGCUCAGCUGAGGAUCUGAAGAAGAGUGGUCGUAGUGGCAGCGGAUCCACUCUAAGCAAGUCUGACUAUGUGGAGAUCCAGGAGGCUGUGAACCAUAGCACUGAGGACUUCAGACCAGAGAGCAUGAAAACAGGAAACUGCACCCUGGCCAAUACUAACUAUGUAAACAUCACUAAGAUGCGUACAGAUGUAUAACGUAAACUCCUUAAGACUGCUAACGCCAGCUGGGGUCUUCAAGAGUUUGACUCCCUGUGUUGACCUACAUAGGUCAGGUUGGAGUCCGAAGUAUGCGAGUAAGGUUAACAAGGAGACACUAUGAGGUCAAUAGAGACCUUCAGUUCUUCUGAAUGCUAAGGACUAGUCAGUGCAUACCAUAGAACUGCCAUCCAUCUUAUUUGAGACAGUGUUAGUGUCAUGCAUGGAGUUACUCUUACCUAUGUAAUUGUAGUCAUCCUGCUUGCAACAGUAGCCAAAUAGUAGCUUAAUAAGUAAUAACCAAUACUAACAGAACAUAACGGGACCACUAGUUUCUGCCUUCCUGCUCAAACUGCCCUUAGAAGUUGUUUAAUAACAAUAACUUACAGUGGUGUAAUUUAUUUUGAAACGCAGCUUAACUUAACUUGUUAGAGAUUAAAAAUAGGCCAUAUUAUGAGCAUUCAUGAAAAACUUUACUCUACUGCCGUAACUGCCAAGGUCCUGACUCAGAGAAAAACAGAUUAACACUAACAAGAGUACAACUGUUUUGUUAGGAGCAACAGAAAGCGAUAGAACUGCCAGUGAACUUUUGGCCAAACGGUCAUUUGUUGCUUUCUCUGUUAGAGAAAAAACCCCAUUCAAAGGACCUGAGUGAACAAGGAUUGCUCCGGUGGCCUUCGCUCAGUAUUAUCAGUCUAUGACAAGCUGUGGGCUCUGUAGAGACCUGACACCACUGUGCUGUACUCUCGGACCACAAUAGCACACCACCUACUUUUUCCUGCCAUUUUUUCAUGAAGAAGCUCAAGUGGAUUUACAGUAAAACACACUAGCCAAGACCCUGCCUUUUUUUUUUUUUUUUUUCUCUCUUUACUUCCAGCCAGAAUGGCUAGCACAUGAAUGGGAAAUCAUGGAAAUCUCUCUCUGAACAGAGUGAAUGUUGUUAUUUAGGUGCUGGUAAGUGUGCAUUGUAUUCACUGUUAUUUAUGUAUGCUUCUGUAGUAAUUGAAUCAGCGUGUGCUUCACAACUUUCACAGGGAAAGUAGAACACCUAUUGUACAUUUUUACAGUUCGAUCAUGCAUUUAGGAAGAACAACAGUGAAAAUGAUCUCUGCAGUUUUGGAGUGAGUGCCUGUUUCUCUCAAUCCUUUAAGUGUCUCUUUGGCCACCACAAAACUGUAAGAAAUGUCCAGUCACUGUUAAUUUCAACACCACUGCCCAGCAUUAAUGUUGUCGUUUUCCACUUCAAAGCAUUCCGUGUUUCUAGGGGUCGAUUAAUUGAGAUUAAUAGAGUGAGAUAUGAUUUUUAAUUCAACUUCUAAUUAAAUUUAAGGUUAAUCGCAAGGAAAUAACAUAGCUUGACAGAAGACUGAUGAUGGCUUUUACGGUUUAUAAUCAAAUAGGACAGAAUCAAAGUGUAAACCACUGUGAAACCAGCAAUACCAAUUGGUAAAAGGCAUUCCCAAAUAUUUUGGUCUAAAUUGUUGAGGAGCCGUAAUGAGAUAGUUGUAUAUUGUGCUCUGUUUUGUUUUGGUUUUUUUUGUUAGCUUAUUGCUUUUGAUUUUCUGGAAUGUUCUGUUUAAAUUUGUGGUUUCUCUUUGCGUUUCGUUCACCUUUGAAUUUGGUUCCAACUUAUGUUCAGAAUAAAGUCCAUUCAUUCAUUCAAAUUAAAAUACAAUGAUUAUAACAAGCUAAAAACAAAGGAAUUUUACAGCAUCAUCUAAUGUUAUUGGGUCAUCAAAGACAAAUUAACUGCCCCUGCAUAUCUUAAGUUGUCAUUCCAUAUAUGCUUUUCUAUGUAAUGCAGGACAGAAUGUUGUGGGAUCUGCAUUAUAUGUCAUUCAUCAGCCUUUUAUCAAGCAAAUGCUAUUCUAGUGUUGUAGAGCUGCAUGCCCUGUAAGUAUUCAUUGUAGCAUGUAACCAAAAGAAUGAUACUUAGGAAGCAAAGUGACUUAAAUAAUCUUAUAUUUCCAUAGUUACUGGUGCCAAGUGCAAUAUAUGAAGGAUUAGUGUAAUGUUUAACUUCUACAUCUUGCCAGUUGUUGAAAUAAUGUAAAGUUUGAAGAUUUUACCCGGAGGAGGUCCCAUGUGUGUCCCCGAGAGUUGGACUGAGAGUAAGGAUAGGUUAAAGGAUAAAUGACAUAUAAGUGAGGUGACUCCAGUGUAAGGAUUUGUGAAGUAAAACACAGAUUUGAAGUAGGGUCAAGCUCUUCUUCACUAUAUGGUCACUGUAGUGUGGUGUAGCCACACAGCACUAACUGUGUCUCUCUUGAAAGCACAACAGCUGCUAUUUGCUGGUAUUACAGUGAGUGCACGGGGGUUUAAACAGCUGGUCAGUCAGACUUUUUGCUCAGCCAAGUGCAUCAUAUUCCUCCAAGGAACAGUCUGAGUGCCCCUACCUCUGAUAUAUAGGUCCAUCAUGCUCAGUGUGUAGUAUUUCCUAUGCAUGUCUGUGUGUGUGUGAAGGUGAGUGAAAAAAAAGGGAGACACAAAGACACCCAGAGAGAAAUAGAGAGCUUUUAGAGACACACUAGUCGUGUAGUGUGUAUAGCUCUUAUUGACAACUUAUUAGUGAAACACUGCUCUUUUCAACUUUGGGCCAAAAUGACUAUGGUGCUCUUUGCAUUCAGUUCCAUCUUAAUACACUGUUUACAACCUGUGUACAGUAUACUGUUUAUCCAGUAAUGUAUGUU